UAUUGAGAUCCUUGUUUGAGAGCAAUACGAAUAUGAGUCAUGUGUUGAGUCUUAUUAUUUCAACUAUGCAUUGGUUCCGUUUUCAUGUUUUUAUGAUGACAGCAUUACAUUGCGUAGUAUGAAAAGAGGGUGAGAGACGUUUAAGAUUUUUAACAACUUGCAGAUGAAAUUGAUAGUGGUUUAUUAAAUAAUCACCGGAAUAUGAUGUCCAUCUCGGUGUCAAGCAUGUAAAUAUUUGAAUUUGAAUCUGAAAGCGCAAAAGAGCUUUUUGAUAGCCUUAUGUAUUCCGUCUGUCUGAGCGUAUUUCUAUUCGUAAAACCCCGUGGGGAUACGAGUUAGAAUAAGUCCUCAGUACCUAUUGCUUGUCAUUCUCUGACCAGAGGGUGCGUUGCGCAAGCUUCACAUACUCCUCUGUCAACGGCUUGGAAUCACGUGACAAUAUAAUCACAUGAUAUAAAGUAUCAUUCUCGGUUUCCUUUCCCUUUAAAAGUUCUGGCAACAAGUGAUACAUCAGGCUUUUUCAUAACCCACUGACACUUUAAUAAGUACUUAUUUACCAUUUACCUAUUCGUCUCUUAUUUCACAAGUUUUAUCGUAUUUUUGCAGCAUUUCUUCCUUUUGAUUCCAUGUUUACAUUUAAAUGUCCACCACGUGUAUGUCUUACAUUCAUACGCAUAUUACGAAGUAGUCCAAAUUCAUGAUCAGAAAACGACGAUUUUAAACAAAUUACAGUAAACAUCAAUUUAAUUGGCGGAUCGCCGAAUUUUUGAGUGAAAGGAGCAUUAGCCAAUCAGAGAACCCCAUUUACACGCGCUUUCUGAAGAUAAGGACGCGCCGCCAUUUUGCCCGACAACAAGGAAAAGUCAUCAUUUUAUCGGAUUGUUUACAUUGGUUUAUGACAACGCAAUUAUGGUGAAACGUUGCUGUUGGGGCACUUGUAACACUGAUAGCAGUUAUUCAGAUCGGCUUCAAGGAGGGAUAGUGUUCAUUCCUUUUCCAAAACCUGGAAGAAACUUGGAAAAAGCCAAGAGGUGGAUAUGUUUGUAUGGUCGUCACCAUUAUCAGUUAAAUGAAGAUAUACUCAAAAAGAGAGGGAAAGCGAAGCAUUUAUACGUGUGUUCAAAGCAUUUUGUCAAUGGCCAGCCAUCUGAGAUGCAUCGUGAUCCAGUGUCUGCAGUCAGUUAUGAUGCAGUGACACCAGCUCGAAAACCACCCACCAAAAGAGGGUCAAGUUCAGAAACGAGAACUACAUCUAAGCGACAUAUUUUGAUGGACACUAGUACUGAUAUGAAUCAACACAACGAAGCUGGUAGUGAUGUGUUAAAGGCAUCAUCUGAAAUUCAACAUGUUUCAACGACUGCACCUACAAGUUCUCAAGCAUCAGCAACAAAAAAUGUUAACCAAAUUCUUCCUGGUUGUAAUCCACUUGAAACACUGGCCAUUAUUGCUGACAAUACUGCAUUAACUGAAGAGAAGGAAAAACUGCUCCGAAUUAAUUUUGAGCUGAAACAACAAAAUUCAGGACGAUUUGGAUAUAAAAAACUGAAGGACAUUGAUUAUCAGUAUUAUACGAGGUUUUCUAAAGACCGGUUCAAUGUUUUAUACUCACUUUUAGUACCAACAGAAGAAGAUCCUAUUAUAUGGAGUAAAACUCUUAAAGGUUCAAAAUCGUUGUCAACAAAGGAUCAGCUCUUGCUUGUUUUGAUAAAACUGAGACAAAACUUUGACUUUAAACAUAUUUCAUAUUUGUUUGAUAUAUAUGUGCAAGACUGCAGUGCAAUAUUCACCCACUGGAUUAAUUUCAUGUUUUUCAGACUAGGUAGUGUAGAUAUAUGGCCUCAUCGUUGAAAACAUGCCUGAAAAUUAUAAGAAAGA